AUGGAACAGACCGUUUAUGCUCAGGAAGUGUUCGCGAUGAUGCCGUUGUUGGGGGUGAUAUCGCACGGGAUCCUGUGCAUGCAUGGUGGCCUCUCCCCACAGUUGCUCACUGCUGACUCCAUCAGCAUCCUCAUCGCCAUCACGCGACCGCUCGACCAACAUACCUACUUACAGGAUCCACCAAAUCCCUCGUUACCGCUUGACUUGCUAUGGGCUGAUCCCGACAUCAAAAUCAAGCAGUUCAAAUUCAGUAUACGAGGUGUGAGUUGCACUUUCGGACCAGAUGUUCUGCAAACCAUAAUCGACAAGUUCGGAUUUGACUGCGUUGUGAGAGCUCACCAGUUAUGA